UAACACACAGAAACCCAAGCCACUUCCAGUCGGAUAGUAAUUAAAUCAACACCUGUGAGCAUUCUUCUGCUCGAUUAGAAACGCAUUUUCCUUCGUAUUACGAAAGCGACAUUUCGGGCCGAAGUUAAAUUCAGUCGUUAGUUGCAAAAUGAAGAAGACAGAACUCCUACUUUUGAUGUGCUUUUGUGCGCUGUUUGCUGGUCAAAGCAAAGCAUCUUGUGGUAAACGCCGAGUCAAGCGAGUAGUUGGGGGAGUUGAAGCUUUGCCCCACACAUGGCCUUGGCAAGCCCUUCUUCAGGGUUACAAAGAUGGAACUUUCGUACACAAGUGUGGAGGAACACUCAUAAGUCAAAGUUGGGUGUUAACUGCAGCACACUGCGUGUUUAUGGAUCCUAGACCAUCAUCCUACAAGGUUAAACUAGGUGCACAUUAUCGAUUAAGAGAUGAGAAGAUCACUCAAACCUUUUCGGUGGACAAACUCGUUAUACAUCGACGUUUCCUAACUAACAAACGCUAUGGCUACGACAUCGCACUUAUAAAGUUAUCACGUCCUGCCAUACUUAACUUUGCUGUUGGGUUGGCGUGUCUGCCAAGACAGAGCCACAGUAUUCCUGUCGGGUCACCGUGCUAUCUUACAGGAUGGGGUUAUACGUCUUAUGGCGGCCAAAAAGCUGCAGCCCUACAGCAGGUAAUGUUGCCUGUUGCAAGCUACAAGAACUGCGAAAGAGGGAAUUCUUGGUUCCAUAACAUCGAUAAUACAACGAUGAUUUGUGCAGGGUUUGGAGGAAACAGUACCAAAUCUGGCUGCAAUGGUGACAGUGGUGGCCCUCUUGUUUGUGAACAAGAUGGCAGAUGGGUUGUCCAUGGUGCAGUCAGUUGGGGAGACUUGAAGUGCAGGGCUAAGAGUACAUACGCUGUCUUCACCAGGAUAAGUUCAUUCAUCAACUGGAUCAACCAAAAAAUGUCCUCCAGGUAUCUCCCUGCAUACCAAAUGACUCAAAUGACAAGGUAGAUGUUCCGAUAACCACAGAUAUUGUCCCAAAUGGAAGAAAAAUGGUGACUGUAAGAAAGGGUUUUACCGAAGAAUGUUGAAAAAAUACUGCCCCUUAACAUGUGGCCAUUGUUAGAAACCUUUGCAUUAUGAAGUAUAGUCAUACAUUGUAUAAUUUUAGACUUGAAUAAAGAGUUUCGUGCGCUGUGAA